CGCCGCCAUGACGGCGCGCGCGCUCUUUACCCUGUGCAUCGCGAUAUUCGCCGCUGCGAGCCUCGGAAAUGCCGAGAAGAGCAAGUUCUAGCACGGCGUACCAGCCCGGUUGGGGUGGCGUGCAACUUUGCUAAAAUACCGUAACAUCCUAAAUGCGGUACGGAGUGCACUCAGGGCCGUCACUACGCCGGAAGCGACGUCAGCAAGCGGCCGGUAAUCGCCCCUCCGUUACGAGACAAAUUACGAUUAUAUGGACUCGUUGUGCAAGGACCACUUCUUGCAGCGGCAGUACCGCAAGCUGGACGGCGGCGUGCUGUGGUCGCGCAAUGAACGCAACCUCGACUGCACCGUCACCUUCCAGACGCACAGCAUCCUGCAGCGCUUCAUGCUGCACUUUGACAUGCUGCAGCUUGACUGCAAUGACCACCUAUACGUCUACGACGGCGCGCACGCCACCGCCCCACCUAAGGCGGACCUGUCAUGUCGUAAUACCAAGCAGCAGGUGGGGGCGCUGUUCACCCGCAGCAACUUCGUCACCCUCAAGUACGUCACUGACAACUGGGGUACAGACGCCAAUGGUUUCAAGCUAGUCAUCACCGCUGUUAAAGACCCCAUUCCAGAACACGGGUGCAAGGAGUUCCGGUGCAAGCAGCGCGAGUUCUGCGUGAGCGCUGACCUCGCAUGCGACGGCGUCGACCACUGCGCCGACGGCUCCGACGAGGACACCGCGGCCCUCUGCCCCGAGAGUGGGGGCGCUGGCGGCGGUGGGCUGUGGCUGUUGGGUGCGGCGGGUGGCGGGGCGCUGGCGCUGGCCGCCGCCGCGCUGGCGCUCUGCUGCUAUUGCCGCCGGAGAACACCAUCGCGCCGCACACAUCUACAUUUGGCACAGAUGGCGAGCAGCAACGGCGCCGGGUCGGCUGGCAAGCCGGCGGGCGGCGAAUCUCCGCCGGCCUGCCCUGGCGACACGCGGCUGCCGGGAAACUGGGCGCUCCCUGCGGGCCCGCGCGGGUACAACGCGGCGCGUCCGGGCCGCCUGCGGGCGAGCGCACAGCGCUGAGCGCCGCCCCGCACAAGGACGAGUGGUUCGUCUGAGGCGGCCCGGUCGGGCCCGCAGGGCGGGGGCGCCGUACCGGCCCCCACUACUCCUCCCCCGUGUCGCACGCGCAUAGUCGCGCGACGCGGUCACGUGUUCUAUUCAUAAUGCGACAGAUUUUCGUUUGCAGUCGCGUCUUCGGGCGCGGCUGAGAAGCGUCACUUACGACGCAACAUAUUUCAGUUUCUGAUCGGAGAAGUGCGAACCGGUUCACGUGUUACGAUGGUUUUGGUUUAGAGUAGGAUGACAAAUGUGUUCAAACGCACAUCGCGCGUUCGCGACGCGAUGUUGUGUUCUUUAAGCGUUCGAGUUGUAUGAAUAUUUGGAAAGGCCCCUGGUCGACUGGCGAUAAUGUUGCAUACAUAUUUUGUACUAAAUGGCAUUAAUACUAGUUUAUAGAUAAUACUGAAAUGCAAUAAUAUUAUAAACAGAUUACAUAAUUCUCCUGCUGCGAGGUUCAAGCCUUCGAAAGAGAAAUAUUUUAGGCGUUAUUGUACUCGACGGUCCUUUUUGUGGACAUUCAUACUUAUGCAAUGUUAUUGACGAAGUAGGGGCCAAUCUUUUAGACGUGACACGUUGCCGUAUUUAGUUUGUAUGUUGACGAUUUAAGAGUUUAUAGUUAAUAUCGCGUGAUGUGACGCGAUGCAUUUCACCACCAUAACAGUUCAAUUCUGACUGACAACAAUACAACUUAAAACAUAACAAAAUAAUCUUGAAAGCGCAAUAAUAUUUUAUUUUCUAAGUUAAAUUAAAGUGUGAAAUAAAAACAUUGCGCAUUUGCAGGUGGAAACGCGUCGCGUCAUUUCACUCUGACGCACCCGCGCCGGCUGCAGCGACCCGCGAGACGAACCCCUCGCCAUAUCACUUUUAGAUAGUUAUUAUAGAUUAUAUCGAGCCUGUAUAGUGACGUAGAGAUACAUAUCAAAUGAUGAUGAUAAUAAUAAUGUUUAAUUUUGCGAGUGCUUCGCAUUGAACAUAUCAGGAGCCCGGCGCGAUGGGCGUUGCGCCGUUGGAAAUUACAGGAUAAAAGUGCAAUGCUGCGGUGUGCCGCGUAUCUUGUCGGGCUCAAGUUUGUGUAAUUGAGGGGUUGGUUCUGAACACUUCUGAAGAGGGUGUCGGGCAUCAGCUUGCUGCGGCCGGUGCGGGCUUUGUGGUCUCACGAGUGGGUCACGAUGCGCUCCGUCGCGCGACAUGCAGCGACACGCGGGCGCGAGAGACUGUACUUACACCGACACGACACGACAGUACGACCGGUGUGAGGGCGGCCGUUUACUUCCGGCCGCCCUCACACCGUACCGAGUGAUCUAUCCGAACGUAUCUUGUAUGUAUAUGUAAUACUUAAUUUUAGCGAGGAUUUUUUUUAGGUGAUUUUUACUCGUUUAGCGAGAGACGCGCCGCGCCGCACCGCGCCGCGUCUCGUGGGUGUCCAGUUUUUGGUGUUACGAUAACCGCAAUGUAAAUUUAUCGAUAUGACAUUAAACAUUUUUGGCUUAUUGUUCGUA